UUUUUUUGUCUCGGUGGUUCGCUGUCUCAGCCACUCCCUCUCUAAUCCGGGCGACGAAUAGAUUUUGUUGGAAGAACUUCUUCUUCUUUCUUCACUACCCAAUCUUUCGUUUUUCAAUUUAAUUUCGCCGCCAUGAGUUCCGUUACCGAGAUCGUGUCUGAGCAGCAAGUGAUCGACGGUAUUCAGGAUAUGUCUCUUCAAAAUCAGGACAAAAAGAAGAUCCAGGAAGAGAUCCAUGAGCCGAGUUUCGGGAAUCAUGGUGGCUGUUGUGCAAUAUGUUUGAGUGAAAUUCCUCUUCAGGAAACUGCUAUGGUGAAAGGCUGUGAACACACUUACUGUGUCACAUGCAUACUUCGUUGGGCGAGUUGCAAAGAGAGUCCUACAUGCCCGCAAUGUAAACAUCCAUUUGAUUUCCUCAGUGUCCACAGGGCACUCGAUGGCAGCAUUGAAGAUUUUCUGUUUGAGGAGAGUGUGUGCCUUCUCCUGAGAGCCUCAUGGUUUGUACCAUUGGAUGUGGUGGAACUGGCGUCAUACAGCUAUGGUUACCAUGAUGAUUUUGACAUCCCAUGUGACUAUGAGGAUGAAGAUGAUGACCUUGACGAGUUUUAUUUGCACGGGUCAAGUCUUCGCAUAGGAAAUCGGAGAUGGGGUGGCAAUGGUUUUGUCAGAUCCGGGCGUCAAGAAGCCCGGCCAGUCCAGAGAUACAGCGGUUCUGGUUCUAGUUCCAGUUCCAGUUCUGGGUCAUCCUCAAGUGAGCCUAAGGAUAAGCAGGUGAAGAUGACAAACACAACAGGAAGGCGUGCAAAGAGGGCAAUGAAGCGUGAAGCUGCGAACAAAGCAGCGGAAGUAACUGCAGCAGCAAAGCACGAGGCCCAUUUGGUUAGGUUGGGGAGGAAGUGAGUGUGUAUCUGUAAAUAAAUUGCACUCAAAAAGCUUCCACCUACUUCCAUUACUUAGUAUCAUCUGUACAGCAAAUAGUUUUUUAAUGUUGUGGUAAAUACCCGUCACACCACUGUAUACAAGGUGUGUGGGUUUGGAAUGGUAGAAACAAGAAGUUAUGACCCUCUGGUCUCAUACAAUAAUACUUGGACAACCAUUGAAUAACAUAUUACUCUGUUCAUUAAAUCUUGAAAAGUUUCUGAUUAUUGCUCAAA